AUGUUUAGACCACCUUUAGGUGGUGGUGGCGGGAUUGUGUCCAAUCAAACCCCGACCACCUCCGACAGUAAUAUGAUCGACCAAAACUCAGUUAUGCAUCAGCAACAGCAGCUCCAGAACAAUGGAAGAAGUAAUCCUUCUUCCUCUACUUCUUCAUCCUCUUCGAGGGCCCUUCAGUUUCACCCAGCUAGACCAGCCAUCAUCGAUAUUUUUAAUCUUUAUUUAGGGAAAAAUGCGCGGCAAAAAUCAGAUGAUGCAGCCCGGGAACCACCGAACAAGACACAGAAGCGCGUCACUGCACUUAAUAGAGAUUUGCCGCCUCGUAACGAACAAUUUCUCUUAGAUUUUGAGCAGCUACUGAGCCAAUUUCAAGACCAGGAUCAACUGCGUGCUGUGACAGAAUCCAUCCUUAUAUCUUUGGUUAUUCAGUGUAGAAGUCAUGCACCCAGAGCAGAAUUUCUUCUCUUUGCUUUACGGAGUCUGUCUGACAUAAGUUUUAUAAAUUGGGAUACUUUUUUACCUGCACUUCUAUCCUCAGUUUCUUCUGCCGAGAUUAGCAUUGCCCAAGGGAGCCAACCUGCAGCUACUGUCUCCUCUAACGCACCCACACAGACAGGGGUUUUGCAAUCCUCGAGUGUUGUUCCUAACUCGCCCAAUUUUCAGUCAUCAAGUCCUGCAUCACCUCUUCCUUCUGUUCAUACUAUUGGAUCCCCUGCACCAUCCACAGCUGAUCCCUCUGCUUUAUCGCCGAUGAAGUCACUUGAUGCAGGCAACGGUCAACAUCUAGCUACAAGAGUGAGCUUAUAUACCAGGGACAAUGCCAUAAGCAGCCUCCGCCAGUUGUGUUGCAAGAUAAUCUUAAUUGCCCUUGAUUUCCACCUAAAACCAGCAACCCACGCCGAUGUUUUUAGCCAUCUGUUAAAUUGGCUAAUUAAUUGGGAUAAAAAACAACACGGUGAUAGCGAAUUUGAGAGUGCCAAAUACUGUAAUCCUGAUAAGGCCCUGAUUGAUUGGCUUCACAGUUGUUUGGAUGUCAUAUGGUUGUUAGUUGAGGAUGACAAAUGCCAUGUACCUUUCUAUGAACUGAUCAGAAGUAAUUUGCAGUUCAUGGAAAAUGGUCCUGAUGAUGAAGCAUUAUUCACACUUAUUCUGGAGAUCCACAGAAGGCGAGAUAUGAUGGCCAUGCACAUGCAAAUGUUGGAUCAACAUCUACAUUGUCCAUCGUUUGGAACUGCUCGGCUUUUACCUCAGGGGACCAACAAUAUGGCAGGUGAAUCCACAGCGAACAUGAGAUAUUCGCCAAUCACAUACCCUAGUGUACUUGGGGAACCGCUGCAUGGAGAGGAUAUUGCAGUAUCCAUUCAGAGGGGAAGUUUAGAUUGGGAAAGAGCCCUACGUUGCGUCAGACACGCUCUUCGUAAUACACCAUCGCCUGACUGGUGGAAGCGUGUGCUUAUUCUGGCUCCCUGUCACAGGGUUCAUGCUCAAGCACCUACUCCUGGUGCUGUGCUUAGUUCUGAAAUGAUUAGUGAAGCAACCAUUGAUAGGAUUGUGGAACUGCUGAAACAAACAGCUACAGAGACAAAUUGCUGGCAAGAAUGGCUUACCUUUUCAGAUGUAUUCUUUUUUCUAAUAAAAAAUGGAUGCAUUGAUUUUGUUGAUUUCGUGGACAAGUUGGUCUGGCGUCUUCAGGAAGUUGAUCAACAUAUUCUCAGGACUAACCAUGUCACCUGGUUGCUUGCACAAAUUAUUCGGGUUGAGCUUGUAAUGAAUGCUUUAACGACAGAUCCAAGGAAGGUGGAGAUUACCCGGAAAAUUAUCUCAUUUCAUAAAGACCCAAGUUCUGAACCAAAUAGUCCUCAGGGCAUCCUGCUUGACUUCAUUAGUAGUUGUCAGAACUUGCGGAUUUGGUCGUUGAAUACGUCGACCAGAGAAUACUUGAACAAUGAGCAGCUUCAGAAGGGAAAGCAAAUAGAUGAAUGGUGGAGGCAAACAGCCAAAGGUGACCGAACAUUGGAUUACAUGAAUAUGGAUGAGAGGUCAAUUGGUAUGUUCUGGGUUGUCUCUUACACAAUGGCACUUCCUGCUUGUGAGUCAGUGAUGAAUUAUUUAGCCUCAGCUGGAGUUACAGAGUUGUUGCCAGGGCCAAAUCUACCAGCAAAUGAGAGAUUUAUGGUUAUGCGGGAAGUCAGUCCCUUGCCAAUAUCACUUUUAUCAGGAUUCUCAAUAAAUCUCUGCUUAAAAUUGACUUUCCAGAUGGAAGAAUCUAUGUUUAAUGGGCAGGUUGUUCCAAACAUUGCAAUGGUUGAAACAUACUGCAGAUUGCUGCUCAUCGCCCCUCAUUCAUUGUUCCGUCCACACUUAACUCAUUUAACGCAAAGAAAUCAAUCUACUUUGUCCAAGCCCGGGCCCUCUAUUCUGUUGUUUGAGAUUUUGAACUACCGCCUGCUUUCUCUUUACAGGUACCAUGGGAAAAGUAAAACCUUGCUGUAUGACAUCACAAAAAUGAUUGCUACACUAAAAGGGAAACGUGGCGAUCAUCGCAUUUUUAGACUUGUGGAGAAUUUGGGCAUGAAUCUGCUUUCAUCAAUGAGGGAGAUCUUUUUUGUGAAGAGGGAAGGAAAGGUGAGAAAUGUGGCUUGA